AUGGCACCAGCAUUCGACAUUUCGCCCGAAAAGCGGGCGUCACAGCUUGCAUUCAUCCAACGCCAGCUAUUUCGUGUACCCCCAACAUGGACCAAGAAAGACGUCGACCUAAGAGGCAAGACCGCCAUUAUCACCGGAUCCAAUACCGGCCUUGGGUUUGAGUGUGCUCGCCAGCUCCUCGAUCUUGGCCUUAGCAAGCUCAUUGUAGCCGUGCGCAGCGAAGCCAAAGGCGAAGAAGCAAAAAAGCUGCUUCUAGCGGGCCGAGAUACAAACAAGCCGCCAGUCAUUCAAGUGUGGAAGCUUGAUUUGUCGAGCUAUGAUUCCAUCACGGCCUUUGCAGAGCGCACCAAGACUCUGGAACGGCUAGACAUUACCAUCAACAAUGCAGGACUGAUGAAGAAAACUUUUGACAAAAGUUCUGCCGGACACGAAGAGACGUUUCAAGUAAACUACCUUGGUCAGGCUCUCUUCACAUUAUUACUCCUUCCAGUUAUUAAAGAGAAGAAUUCGCCGGAACAGCCCGGCCAUCUCGUCCUAGUCUCAUCAGAUACAGCCGCCUGGGCCGAGUUUAAGGGGAAGAAUUCCGAGUCGCUGUUUGCCGGAUUAGACAACCCUAAACUAUUCGAUAGCAGCGAUCAAUAUUUCACCUCCAAAUUACUGGGCCAGCUGUUUCUAACAGAACUGGUGAAGCGUGUGCCGCCAUCAGUCGCCAUCAUCAACGCCCCGAACCCAGGUCUAUGCCAAUCGAGUUUGGUUCGCGAUUAUGACAACGUGUUUGAGAGGGUGUUUGUUUACAUAUUCAAGCUUGUGCUUGGACGCCCUGGUUCUGUGGGAGCACGGGCAUUUACUGAUGCAGCUGUGAAGCAAGGCUCAGAAUCUCAUGGACAGUAUCUCGAGGACGGAAAAGUGCAGCCAAUGGCGCCUAUUGUAUAUGGAUUAGAAGGAGAAAGGCUUGCAGAGAAGCUUUGGGAGGAGACUAUGAAUGAAUUUGCAUUUGCAAAAGCAGCAGAUAUCGUUCAUUCAUUAAGCAGAUGA